GCGCAGACUGUCUGACUGGCUCUCAGCUCCUCAGGAAAGUGUGUCUCUCAGAGUCAGAUCAGGAAGUAGAGAUCUGUGGUGUGAUCCGCGCGAAUCCGCCGAACUCAUCCAAACCGAAAGCAGCAGAGGCGCCCCGCUUUAGUCCGCGGUUUACAGCACAGGUCUUGUAUUCAAGUGUGUGACAAACAAAUGGAUGGAUGUCAUGCAGUCUGUUCCUGAAGGGGCAUUUUAUGUAUCUUCAGUCAAAAAAGACGUCUUCCGAAUGACACGGCAGCUUGCAGCCUGAAAUAUGUCGUCGUACUGGUACGUCAAAGAGACUGCGGAUCCAGGCGGCAGCACCAGCAGCAUGGAGGAGCAAGCUGGCGUUCCUGCGAUGGGAGCCAAGCAGUCGGCGGUUGGCAGCGUUCCCUUGAGUCAUUCGCCCACUCUGAAGAACAUCCAAGAGGCCUAUACGGACGGCGAGGACCAGAGGGCACGCGAGUUAAUCCGGCUUUCCUGCGAGAAUAACGGUGGAGUGGGACCGGAUGGGGUGCAGCUCCUGUGUUUGGUGGCUCAGAACGGUGACUUGGACGGCGUUCGGUUCUUGCUGCAGGAAGCUCGAGUUACGGUUCCACAGGAGCCCAGCGAAGAAAACCCUGCCGUCUUAGCAGCACAUCAUGGACAUCAGCUGUUGGUCCGAGAGCUGCUGGACUCCAUACCACGUCCGUGUGUCCGUAAGGAUCUGCUGAACUGGAUGUUGGCUACGGCGUGUCAGCAGGGUCAUCUAGAGGUGGUGAAGCUGCUGGUUCAUACGUACAAUGCUGACGCCGAGGACUGCGCUGUUCAUUCAGGAGAGUUUGCCAUCAUCACCGGUUUGCCCCUGUACGCCGCAGCACAGGCAGCAAAUAAGGAGGUCGCGUGUUUUCUGCUGGACAAUGGAGCCGGUUUCUCCUCGUACACGCUGAUGGAUCACGCAGACUUCAGCAGGCAGCUGCUCAGACAGCGCCACCUGCAGGACAAAGACGCACCUGCGGACGGGACGCUGCUGCAGGAAACUCAGGCUGUGAAUGUUGACUGGUCCGGACUGAAGCUGCCCUGGUUGGAUCUGGACUGGUUCAUGGACGUGUCGUCUCGGAUCACGGUUCUGGAUCUGUCUCGUAACUGUCUGAGCUCGCUGCCGUCUGUGGUGCCCUGGGGUCUGAUUCAUCUGCGCUCGCUCAACCUGUGCCACAAUCAGCUGCGAGAGCUGCCCACCCCGACCUCAUCGCAGGAGAUCAUCUGCAGCCGAUUGUCCCAUGUGAAUGUGUGUGAGAAUGAGCUGGAGUGUCUUCCUGUCGGUCUGCUUCAUCUCGGCCAGUUGAAGAGGAUUUAUGCAGCCAGAAACAAACUCAUCAGCCUCUUCAACAUCCCUAAUGGCACGAACUGGAUCGGCCUCCGUAAGCUGCAGGAGUUGGACGUAUCCGACAACAACCUGACGGACCUGCCCUCCUCCAUCCUGCACUGUCUGAAGACCCUCAGCUCUCUCAACAUCAGCAGAAACAAACUCAGCAGCUUCCCCGACCCCUGGGCCUGUCCUCUGAAAAUCUGCAAAGCUUCAAGCAACCAGAUCGAGUUCCUUCCUGACACCAUCUCCAUCUUCUGGAAGACUCAUCUGAUGGAGGUGGACAUCUCCGAGAACGUCCUAAAGGAGCUGCCCUCAUACAUAUUUGAGCUAGAGUUCCUUCCUGACACCAUCUCCAUCUUCUGGAAGACUCAUCUGAUGGAGGUGGACAUCUCCGAGAACGUCCUAAAGGAGCUGCCCUCAUACAUAUUUGAGCUAGAGGCCAUCGUCUCUCUGAAGUUGUGUGGGAACCAAAUCUCCACUCUGCCCUCUCCAAACAAAUGGAAAUGCUCUUGUCUGCGAACACUAGACCUGUCCAGAAACCAACUGGGGAAGACGGGAGAGCCGACCAAAACCAGGAAACUGGCCUUCUUCACUACAUGGCACAGACGAGACCCAGAGCCAGUUUGUCCCAUUCAGUUUCCUGUAAUCCUGCGGGAUUCUCUGGAAGUUCUCUUCCUGAAUGACAACCAGCUGGAGUGUGUGCCGCCGUCAGUGUGUGCCCUCAAGAACCUCUCCGAACUCUAUCUGUCCAAGGAAUUCGUGAAAUGUGACCCAAAUCCAGUCUUAAGUCGCUGGGGUCCGGCUGCGGUUCUGGCGUAUCUGCGAGCGGAGCUGCGAGGAGCAGAGCCCUGCAGACUGCUGAAGCUGAUGGUGGUGGGUCCUCCACGGCAGGGGAAGAGCGCUCUGCUGGAGGGGCUGCAGACGAGCAAACCCUCAUCCUUCAUCAACACCGACCGCAGCAUCCACACGUCCGGCUGGGUUGAUUCAGUGUCCUUCAACGUGUGGGAUAUUGGUGGUCCGGCCAGCAUGUCGACGGUAAACCAGUGUUUCUUCACGGAUAAGGCUCUGUUUAUGGUGAUCUGGAAUCUGGCUUUGGGAGAGGAAGCCGUGGCCAACCUGCAGUCCUGGCUGCUCAACAUCGAGGCUCGCGCUCCUAACUCUGCUGUCAUCGUCGUCGGGACGCAUCUGGACCUCAUAGACACUAAGUUUCGUACGGAGCGCGUCGCCACACUGAGGGCCUACAUCCUGGCACUUUGCAGAACCCCGUCGGGCGCGCGGGCCAGCGGAUACCCUGACAUCACAUGGAAACACCUCCAUGAGGUGUCGUGUAAGACGCUGGAAGGCAUGGACGGACUCAAGAGGCUGUUGUUUCAGGUCGCUUGCUCCAUGAAGGACAUCAGCAACCCUGCUAGCUGUCACAAACUAGUGGGAAGACUGAUCCCCAAAAGUUACCUGACCCUGCAGGAGGCCAUAAAAGCAGAACGUCUGAGGAGAGAUGAAGUGGAUGAGGUCCAGUACCUGACGGACUCAGAACUGGAGCAGAUCAUUGAGCAGAGUCCUGCCAGUGAUAUCAAAGAUUACGAGGAUCUGCAGACGGCGAUCAAUUUCCUCAUCGAGACUGGCACCAUGCUACAUUUCUCCGGUCUGUCUAUUUCUAUUCUUCUUAACUUUAAUAUAUAUUUUAACCCAUAUGAAAUGUAUAUUUAUUUAUUUUUCUGCAAAUGAAUAAUGCAUAUUUUUAUUGUGAACAUUUCCAAAAAUAAUGUUUUAAUAUGUAAUAAUAAUGUUUUUAAUAACAUACAUUGUAUGUAUAAAAUGUUCUUAAUAUGUAUGAAGUAUUGAGUUUCAGAAAUUCUUUCUUCCCUUCAUAGUUAUCUGUUGCCCCACCUUUUGCCCCCCAAACCUGCCCUGGACAUCCACGGCUUUCGGCACCAGAGCAACAACUCCAUUCAGCGGCAUUUUAAGAUGAGCUUUGUUCCUGCGGGAUUCUGGGAGCGCUUUAUAGCCAGGAUGCUAAUUAGUUUAAACCAGAUGGACGUGCAGGCAUUCGAGACCAAAAGGCCCACGAAGAACCAGAGGAACCACAGUACGGUGAUCUACAGCUUUGCGGGGAACCAGCAGCGCAAUCGCUGCAGCACUUUCCGCGUCCGGCGCAGUCAGACCGUCUACUGGAAAGAAGGGCUGCUAGUCACCUUUGACGGCGGAUAUCUGAGCGUAGAGUCGUCUGACCUGAACUGGAAGAAAAAGAAAAGCGGAGGCAUCAAGAUCAUCUGUCAGUCGGAGACGAGGGAUUUCUCAGCGAUGGCUUUCAUCACCGAUCACGUUAACGCUCUCAUAGAGCAGUGGUUUCCUGCGCUGACGGGCAGUGAGAGUGACGGCUCUCGUCUCAUUGAGCAGUACGCACCCUGUCCGUACUGCAGCUCCGGACCCCGAGUGUCCGACCCGCUGCCUCUGUCCCGCUCCAGUCACAGCACCGUCCACUACUUCAACAUGGAGGACUGCGUGCUGGCAGCCGUGGACAAGGAGCACAUCACCUGCCCCAACCACCUCAAACAGCCCGUCCCGCUACAGGAGCUGGUGCCCGAGCUCUUCAUGACCGACUUCCCUUCACGUUUGUUCCUGUUGAAGAGUGACCUGCAGUGCAGUGAAGAUGCAGCAGAUAUCCUGGGACAGGGUGGCAGCGGCACCAUCAUCUACAGAGCCAAAUACAGAGGCCAUCCGGUGGCCAUUAAACGCUUCCACUUCAAGAAAUGCAAACAGCAGUCGCUCAACAGCAGCACAGACACCAUGAUGAAGCACCUGCAGUCGAUGGACGCGGCCCGCAGCUUCUCGGAGUUUCGUCAGGAGGCCAGCAUGCUCCACUCCCUGCAGCACCCGUGUAUUGUGGCUCUGGUGGGCAUCAGCAUCCACCCGCUCUGCUUCUCCCUGCAGCUGGCGCCGCUGGGCAGCCUCAACACCAUCCUGGAGGAGCGAGCCAAAGGUUCUCAGUACGUGCCGCUGGGUCACAUGCUCACCUUCAAAGUGGCCUAUCAGAUCGUCACAGGCCUGGCGUAUCUGCACAAGAAGAACAUCAUCUUCUGUGACCUCAAGUCCGACAACAUCCUGGUGUGGUCUCUGGAGCUGGAGGACUCCGUCAACGUCAAGCUGUCCGACUACGGCAUCUCGCGCCAGUCCUUCCACGAGGGAGCGCUGGGGGUCGAGGGUACACCCGGCUACCAGGCUCCCGAGAUCCGGCCCGGCAUCGUCUAUGAUGAGAAGGUGGACAUGUUCUCGUACGGCAUGGUCCUGUAUGAGCUGCUGUCUGGCCGCAGACCAUGCAUGGGCCAGCACCAGCUGCAGAUCGCUAAGAAGCUGUCUAAAGGACUCAGACCGGCGCUGGGCAGCCCAGAGGAGGUGCAGUUUCACUGUCUGCAGACGCUGAUGCAGGAGUGCUGGGACACCAAACCAGAGAAGCGUCCCCUGGCCGCUCCUCUCAUGAGACAGAUGCAGGAACCCAGUUUUGCUUGUCUCAGGUACCUGCUGCCCUGCCAGGAACACAGUCAGCUCUUCUUGUCCCCGCUGCAGGGCCACAACGCCGUCUUCUGGGAUGGAAACAAAGACGACAGGAAUUACACGGUGGUAAACUUGGCCAAGGGGCAGGUGGAGGUGAAGCGGAUGCCAUGCCCGGGAACACGUCUGAGCUGCCAAAUGAAGAUGGAGAACAGCCUGUGGACGGCCACUGAGGAACAGGAAGUCUUUAUCUACAGCCUGAAAGAGAUGUGUCCCUUGAGUCACCCGCAGAAACUGCUCUCCUGUCCGGCUGUGGUAACCUGUCUCUUUUUACUGCCCGCCAGGAAAGAGUCUCUCCCGCAGGUGUUCGCUGGCAUGUCUGACGGUCUCGUGGUGGUUUAUUCUCUGGUAGACGACAUGCCUGUCGAAGGUGAGACUUACAUCUGCUCGCACACGAUCAACAAGCAUCUUCUGAACAUGGAGGACUCGGACCCUCGGCAGCGUCCGUACGCUGUGCGCAGCAUCGUGCCGGUGCGCUCCGGAUCAGAGGUGUGGUACACUAAUGGCCCCGGCGUGCUGGUCAUCGACAGCCUGGCGCUUCAGCCCAUCCGCCGCCUCGAGCCGUAUCUCCCGCCGUCCUGCGUGCUGUCCAUGGUCUCGUCUGCCAGCUGCUGGGGCGACGAGGCCGUCUGGUGCCUGGACGAUCACACCAACACACUUCUGAUGUAUCACGCCGCCAGCUACCAGAUCUGUGCUACAUACAACUGCAGCGAUGCCAACCCGCUGCGGGACGUUUUCCCCGUGCAAAGGCCGGCCGGGGUUAUGACCCCUGUGACCCCUGAUCCUGAUAUAGACGAAGAGUCUCUUCCGGCCGACCUGGAGCCGGUGAAGGUGACGGUCACACACCGCGAGGACGCAGGAACACAGAUCUUGUGCCAGCAGGACUCGCUGGAUUACUGCUCCAUGACGUCCUCCGGCUUCAGCUCGGAGCAGCUGGAUCAGAUCGGCCAUUUCCCUCACGUGGAGCGCUCCAGCUCGGGAGCCCUCAGCUCUCUGACCAGCUCCAGCAGCAUGCUUUUAUCCACGGACUUCGAGGAGGCGGACAGACCGCCGGACGAGCCGGUUUCAGCGGAAGCAUUUCCAUCCAGGAGCGCAACAGAUCCAGAACUAGCGGCUCAAAGCCACACACCAGCGCAGCUGAAGGCCUUGAACAUCAUUCCUGUCAACAGCACCAUCUGGGUGCCCAGAAUGCCCGGCGUGCUGGUCAUCGACAGCCUGGCGCUUCAGCCCAUCCGCCGCCUCGAGCCGUAUCUCCCGCCGUCCUGCGUGCUGUCCAUGGUCUCGUCUGCCAGCUGCUGGGGCGACGAGGCCGUCUGGUGCCUGGACGAUCACACCAACACACUUCUGAUGUAUCACGCCGCCAGCUACCAGAUCUGCGCUACAUACAACUGCAGCGAUGCCAACCCGCUGCGGGACGUUUUCCCCGUGCAAAGGCCGGCCGGGGUUAUGACCCCUGUGACCCCUGAUCCUGAUAUAGACGAAGAGUCUCUUCCGGCCGACCUGGAGCCGGUGAAGGUGACGGUCACACACCGCGAGGACGCAGGAACACAGAUCUUGUGCCAGCAGGACUCGCUGGAUUACUGCUCCAUGACGUCCUCCGGCUUCAGCUCGGAGCAGCUGGAUCAGAUCGGCCAUUUCCCUCACAUCGAGCGCUCCAGCUCGGGAGCCCUCAGCUCUCUGACCAGCUCCAGCAGCAUGCCUUUAUCCGCAGACUUCGAGGAGACGGACAGACCGCCGGACGAGCCGGUUUCACCUGAAUCAUGUCCAUCCAGGAGCGCAACAGAUCCAGAACUAGCGGCUCAAAGCCACACACCAGCGCAGCUGAAGGCCUUGAACAUCAUUCCUGUCAACAGCACCAUCUGGGUGCCCAGGCGUGGAGGAGACAUCAUGGUGAUCGAGGUGCAGGAGCAGGCGGGUGCGCUCAGGGCUCGUGUGAUCGCCGUGUUGACGGCGCCUGGAGUGUCCGAGUACGGGACUCUGGCGGAGGCGGCGCUCGUCGCAAAGGACACCAUUGUGUGCGGCUUCCGUAACGAAAACAUGGCCUGGUGCCUGGCUGUCUGGAGGAGCUGGGGAGGCCGCGAGCUCGAGCUCUUCUACCAGGGAUACGAGGAGCUCGGCCGCUUGGAGAGCAGUCUGAGGAAAAGGAGGUAGCUGUGUAAACGCGUGUGUGUGUGUGAGACGGAGAAUUGACUUCUGUGCGGCGCACACAGAUACAGGUGUUGAACGUGGUUACAGGAGCAACUGGAGGGAAUACACACACAUAUGGACUGUUGCUGUAGGCAAUAUAAUCCUGCAGGACUCGGCCACAUACACAUUUCAGAUAGAUAUAUAUAUAUAUAUAUAUACACAUCCACAUAAACACAAACAGAUUGAAUGCCACACACGCUGGAUGCAUAAACAUAUUUAUUCAGCCCUGGGCAUUUAGAAGUUUGCUGAUAUAUGAGUACAUUAACUUUCAUGGACCAAGAAUGCAUCAGAAUUCAACGAAACUAAGGGGUUUUUGCAUUCAUGAGCUUGUGUGUGUGUGUGUGUGGGUGCGCGUGUGUUUAAAUGCCAAGAAAGAGAUUUAUGAGGUGUGAUGCUGGUUAUCCGACUUGAUCAACUUUGUCUCAAGUUAAUCAGCAAACUAGAUGUGCCUUUGGAUGAAGGAUGGGCUGCUUUAGAAGUGACACGCAAUGAGACGAGAACCAAUGAAACGGCAGGCCUUGUGAAGCCCCACCCACUUAGUGAGAUCAUAAUGGAGUGGAACAGUUCCCGCCCACUUUUUCAGCAGCAUUGGUUCCAGAAGUAUUUUUCCCAUUCAUUAUUUCCCAAAGGGAUUUUAAAAAGGUUUUGAAGGACAAAAAAAAUAACAUUGAAAAACUUUUGUAAAAAUUGUUUUGUUAAUUCAAUCAAUGCCUGAGAAUGCGAUAUAGUUUUGCGCAGUUAACAAAUCACAAAGACUGCGUUGUAAUUAUAAAACUAUAUAAUUUUAUAUAAAAUGUCACA